CAUGUCGACAUUGUCUGCUAACGAAACUUUACUUCUACAGCAAAGUGUAAAAAUAGAAAAUGGUGUCUAUAAAGUUCCAAAAAAGAUCCAAACCUUGGCUCUUGAAUUAAGACGAAAAUAUUGCCCCUUCUCUGAGAAGAAGGAAGGAUUUUGUAAAGCCAUCUGGGAUGGAAUAGUUUGCUGGCCGUCUGUUAAAGCGAAUAAGACGAUUGAAUUAGCUUGUCCUGAAUACAUUGAUGGAUUUCGCGUAGAUGGGAAUGCAAGUAAAACAUGCGAUGAGAAUGGUGAAUGGAAAAUUUACCCCUCACUCAAUUUUUCACACUGGACAAAUUACUCGUUAUGCACAGUUGAAAAGGGUCUAUGCGAAAAGAAGAUUUUCGUAAGUGAAUAUUAG